GAUUUAUGAUAUGAACUUAUCGUACAGGAACAACCAAAACCUCCGAUCAGGGUGCUAGAUUAUCAAUGGAGAUUACCGAUUCUCCCGGUGGUUCUCCACCGCCGCAACCUAACCUUCCUCCUGGCUUCCGUUUCCACCCUACCGACGAAGAGCUCGUGGUUCACUACCUCAAAAGCAAAGUCGCGUCCGCUCCUUUACCUGUCGCCAUCAUCGGCGAAGUUGAUCUCUAUAAGUUCGAUCCAUGGGAACUUCCCGCAAAGGCAUCGUUUGGAGAGCAGGAAUGGUAUUUCUUCAGUCCCAGAGACCGGAAGUAUCCUAACGGAGCGAGGCCGAACAGAGCGGCGACGUCAGGAUACUGGAAGGCGACGGGGACUGAUAAACUGGUGCUUGCCUCGGACGGGAAGCUGAAGGUGGGCGUGAAGAAGGCACUCGUUUUCUACAGUGGGAAACCUCCAAAAGGCGUCAAAAGCGAUUGGAUCAUGCAUGAGUAUCGUCUCAUCGACAACAAACCUAAUAACAGACCACCAGGAUGUGUCUUCGGCAACAAGAGAAACUCCCUCCGGCUUGAUGAUUGGGUGUUAUGUCGAAUCUACAAGAAGAACAACGCAAGUCGACAUGUUUAUAACGAUAAGGAUCCCGAUAUGUUUGAUUACAUCUUCAGAAAAAAUCCUCCCUCGUUAUCAAGUGGACUCCAUCACAACGUCUCUAGGUCAAUGAAUAUCUUCCCGGGGAAAUUUGUUGGAAUGAAAAGUUUUAUAAAGAUGGAGAAAGUGUUUAAAGUGUUUGAAGAGAAAGAAAUUUUGUGAA